GUCUGCUCGCUUCUACAGUCGGAAGGAAGGUUUCGCUUUCCACUUUCUAGCACUCGGAUGAUUGAUAAGAGGCGUAGAAUCCAUUGCUUUGGUUGCAGGUCGCCCGCCGGUGCUUUUGCAAUUCGGCUUCUGGGAGCGCCCGAUUGUAUGGAAGACGCGAAAAAGGUCUCCUAAUGCUGGUUUCGAUUCCUGGCCAUAAUGGAGGAGCCGGCGGCGGCGGUGCUCAAACGGGCCGUGGAGUUCGAUUCGGCGUCUCGGUUCCAGGAGUCGCUGGUUUGCUACCAGGAAGGGAUCGAUCUCCUGCUGCGGGUGCUUAAAGCUACAAAGGAUGAGACAAAAAAGGCUCAUUACCGAGCAAAAAUCUCAAGUUACAUGAGCAGGGCGGAAGAUAUCAAGAAGUAUAUUGAGAAAGAAAAAGAAGAUGGAAAAUACCACAAACAAAUUAAGAUUGAAGAAAACACAAAAGGUUUUAGCUACGAAAAGCUGUUCCAAGAGUAUCUUAAUGAAACCGUGACAGAAGUUUGGGUUGAGGAUCCUUACAUUAGGAACAUUCACCAGUUGUACAACUUCUUAAGAUUCUGUGAAAUGCUUGUUAAAGGACCAUGUAAAGUGAAGACUAUUCACCUCCUUACCUCUUAUGAUGAAGGCAAUGGAAAGAGGCAGCAGAUGAGUGGUCUACAAGAGAUAGAGCAGUCUCUGAACAAUUAUGGCAUAACACUGGAUGUGUCAUACUCUUCUUCAAUACAUGACCGAGAGAUUAGAUUCAACAAUGGGUGGAUGAUUAAGAUUGGAAGGGGCCUUGAUUAUUUUAAGAAACCACAGGGUAGUUUUUGCCUUGGAUAUUGUGACUUUGAUUUGAGACCCUGUCGUGAAACUACUGUGGAUGUCUUUCAUAUGAAACAUACAAAGAAAACAUGAUUUUAUAUUCUUAACCCAACUAUUUUUACUGGGUUUUUUUAAAGCAUGAGCUAUUUUAUCCAACUAUGCCUACUGUCCAUUUUUCAAAAUAAAUAUUAUUUUUAUUUUAAAUGCAACAGAACGUCUAAUCAAAACUGUGCAAAUCUACAUCAGAAUUUUAUUUUCUGUAAAUUAGCUCCAUCUGGAGCUUUUCAGCUUGGGGUAAGUGAAAAAAAUCAUUGAUCUAAUUUCCUUAUUUGUGGUUCAGCAACAUAUUUUCUUACUUCGUGAACACUGCAUGGAAGAAUGCUUCAAGUGUAACAUGAUUGCUGAGCUUCAUGUACACCAAGAACUAUGCUCUUUGCUUGAAGGACAAUCUCCUCCCUUAUUGUCCAGCCCACCAGUUAAGAUCUGCCUCACCAGCCCUUGUCUCAGGGCCUUUGCCUGAGGUGAGGUGAGUAGUAGCAAUCAGAGACAGGCUUUUUCAGUUGUGGCUCUUCAUUUAUGGAAUAGCCUUCUUGAGGCUCACUUCGCACCUAUGUUGCUUUCUUUAGUUUCUUGUUCACCCAGACUUUAGUUAGGAAACUUAUUUAAAGGUGGUGUUUUUUAAAUUACUUAUGUUUGUAUGGGGGAUGUUUUUUUUAAUGCAGGGCUUUCAUUAACUUUUCUUAAUGUCUUGUUUUUUUUAUUCUGUCAGGAACCUUGGGCAGGUUCCUGGAGAGGCAGCAAAAUGAGAUUCUUUGAAAUAUCCACUAUAGUCAUUUGCACUGUUGAAGAGGCAAGCUACUGUUUAACAUUUAAACUGGAAAAAUACUUGCUUCUUCAUCAUAGUGGUGGUUUAAAAAACAGAAACCAUUUCUGACAGCACUUGCUUUAUCACAGACUGCAGUAGAAAUUUUGGUGUUUCCAGAUUUCCAAUUUUGGAUCUACUGAGCCAAGGCAAGCUGUUAGAAUUUGCCAAAGUUUGAAAAGCCAGCUAAAGAGCUUGGGAACCCUUCAGUGCAAAACUAAGAGCUGCUGAAGAAACAAAAUGGCAGUGUACUGAAGGAAGUUGUGAAUUAGAACAUGCCCAUAUCAUCAUUAAGAUCUGUGGUUCCUUUGGAAGCAGCGAACAAGAUUAUGGCACUUGUCCUAUUGUUACGGCUUUUAAUCUCUAAAAAAGCAACCUUCAAUGAUGGCCUACAUUCUAGAAAACUUCCACAGAAGUAGUUUCUUCUCAACUUAGACCCACAGAAAUAUGUCUGGGCUUCAAGCCAGCAUGCAAAACAAUACUAAACUCGCUGCUCAGAGUCCCUCCUUUAGAGCCACCUCAGAAUACCCACUUGGUGAAAAUACUAGGAGGUACUGAGCAAUCAGCCCAUUUAGAGAGCCAGUGUGGUAUAGUCAUUAAGAGCAGAAUGCUCUAAUCACGAGAACCAGGUUCAAUUCCCAACUGCUCCUCCACAUGAAGCCUGCUGGGUGACCUUGGGCCAGUCCCAGUUCUCUCGGAACUCUGUCAGUCCAUGUGGAGGCAGGAAGUGUCAAACCAGUUCUGAACAUGUCUUGCCAUGAAGAAUCUAUAGGGCCUUCAUAAGUCAGCUGUGACCUGAUGGCACUUUCCACUACAUCAGUCUGUUCCGCUGGUAUGAUACCCUACUGCCAAUCUGCCAAUAAAAGGCUCUUUGCUGGUAAAGGAGGCUCUUGCAGCAGUAGAAUGCUUGGUGCACCAGAGCCAAUUGAACGGACUGGUAGAAUCCAAUUUAUUGACAGUAUCAAAUCUAAUUGAUUAUAGCAGAACCUGAGUUUAACUGGAGACUGUAAGCAAGUGUGUCUGACAAACAGUUUACAGCAGGAUAUAUUUCAUCCACAUGUUGUAUCUUAUUAGGAAGUUCAUAGUACAAUCCCAGGUGGAGUUAUACCCUUCUAAACCAUUGAGUUUAAUGAGCUUAGAAGGUUGUAACUCUACUUAGGAACAGCACUAAUCAGGCCUACUUGGGGGGAAAAACCACAGUAUUCAUCAUGGCUUGUGCCUAGGAAUAUGUUAGGGUUGCAGCCUUACAGUAAAAUUUUGUUUAGUUGUUUCAAUCUAAGCUUAUUGACGACGCAAGUCUGCCUAGGAUGGCACUGUUGCCCAAAUGAGUGAAAAGCUUGUAUGAAAGUUUGUUCUCUUGAAUGUCACUGGCUAUGAAUUUUUAGCAUUGUACCUUUUAUUAUUAUUAUUUUGUAAGCUGCUACAAGAAGCCCACUGCGUUAAUUGGCAUGAUGUUAAAUGAUCGAAAUGAAUAAAACAAAGGGAAAUUGCAAACAGAGAACAUAAUUGUCCCAUUAUGAUGAAUGUGAAACCUGAACUCUUUAACACUUGCUUGGAAAACCUUGAACAGCAUUAAUUAGCUAAUUUUAAAAAAGUAUUAAAUGUAUCAAAAUCAUUUUAAAAUUUUUGUUGCAUCACCAACGUAUUUGUCUUUUUCAGCCAAGUUCUCAAAAACUCCCAUUUGAGAAAGCUUGCUCAUGGCACAGCAGUGAUUCAGAAGUUGCUUAUCAAGGCGGUCACAUUAGCGUUAGCACCUUUUCACAUAACAGAUUCCAUUUUCUGUAUAAUCUGUAAUCUGUACACGUGCUCAGCAAAGCAUUUGCCACGGCCAUAGUUUCGCUUGGACAGAACUUGCUGCCAAUAAGGCUGUCUUUCAGUUUAUCACACAUCAUCAGUGGCAGCCAGUGCUCAGAUACACCGAUAUUGCAUGUUUCAAUUUUGCCGUUCUUUAUGUCCAUAUUUAUCUUGACAUCAAGGCAAGAUUGUUCAUCUGCUAUAUUCAGGCAUGUACUAAUACUGAAUUUGGGUGUUUUGCCAUAGAUCCAGUCCCAGGCUUGCAGUUCCCUCGCUUUAUUACUAAUGCCAGGGAACUCUCCUUCAUUGGCUGGAUUUAUUACAUAGAUACGGUUAUCAGCAUGAUAAUGUGCAGCGUACUGUUCAGCAAUGGCUUCCAGAAGCAUCUCACAAGUUAAAGUAGGGUCCUCUUCCUGGAGGUUUUUCACUAAGGCUGGGAUGCUGGGUGUGGCAUUGCUUUUUAUCCCAUUGUAGGGGCUUUUCAGUACAGAAGACAAAAUGGAUUUGUCAGUAUUACACAGCAAAGUGCAGUGGUGGUAAGCUGCAGUCCUUCCCAGCUUCGCAGCAGUGCCUGAGAUUUUAAAAACCCCAUUUAACAAGAGGUCACAUCUUGCAGUCGCUUGUACAUCUAAUUGUGGCCGCAGGGCUUUUAAAGCUGUGACAACCAGUCUUAAAUUGUCCAUUCUUUCAUACUUUUUCCUAGUUGUAAAGAAAGUCAAGUUGAUAUUGCCUAUAUCAUGGUAAACUGUUCCUCCUCCACUUCUUCUUCUGGCUAGUUUUAUUCCCUUCUGUCGCAUCAUUUUAAGAUUACAUUCCUGCCAAGGAUUCUGGUGUCUGCCAAUCACCACAGCAGAAGAAUUUCUCCACAGGAAAAGGAUGUGUUGGUUCUCCAAGUCCAGGGUAUCAUGGAUCCAGUCUUCAAAAGCCAAAUUUUGGUACACAUCCUGGGAAAGAGACUGAAAGAUCACUCCUCCUUUUGGCACCCAUUGGAAACCAGCAGUUGGAAUCUUGAGAACAUAGUGUAACUGGGAACACUUUUUCAGGGACGACCGGAUUAUCAUGUUUCAGAAUGAUAAAAUUAUUAAACAUCAAUGGAGGAGGCAGAUUCAGCACAGUCCACUACUUUGGUACAAAUGUAUCAAUUCAAGUAGCCGUAACAGUGUAGAUUUUCUCUUGCUUAGAUGGUUUGAAAACAAUUCUGUUACAUCAGAUGAUGAUAAUAUUUCUUCUGACAAGCAGAUACAAUCUAAUAAUGAUGCAGAAAUUAUAUGUUUUACUUGUAGAUAACCUGGGGAAGAGAAUAUAGUAUUAAUUGGUUAUUCCAAAACAAUCUGAAAUAUAAAAUGACUGGUUGUGUAAUUAGUAGCUAUUUUUUUAAAAACCUAUGCCUUAGGGGAAAAGGGGUGUAUUCAUAUGUGUAAAUGUAACAUGGAGAGGGAAAAGAAAACCCUGUAUAUUAAAUUGUACCUCUUGGUGGCAGCAAA